CAUCCAUUGCAUCACUCCACACCAAACAAAUCAGCAACAGUUACUAACUUUGCUCUUGCGAAAGGAUCGCAGGCUUCUUUUUACUUCCAUUUGGGUGCGUAUUGCCACUGCAGUACCUCCAGGCAGAAAGUCUUGCUUAACCGACGGACAAGCAAUACCUAGCUUUCGUGAAAGAAAAGAAAGAUGUACCACGACGCACCAAAAAUGUGGUUUCUCAACGCAAGCACCGUUCAACUUGAGGAUUUUCCCUAUAAUGAUGCCCCGGACUAUGCAAUUCUAUCACAUACCUGGCAAGGAAAUGAGAUAAAGUCCAAUGAUCUCAAUAAUACACCCACCCAGAAGAAAGCAUCAUGGAACAAAGUGCAAAACACCUGCCAGAAAGCCCUGGAGUACGGAGUGAAAUAUGUAUGGAUUGAUACAUGCUGCAUCGACCAGGACAACGAAGUACGGGUAUCAUUCGCCGUCAAUUCAAUGUAUGACUUGUAUAAGAACGCUAAGAUUUGCUUCACGUACUUGGCCGACGUUCCCAGCGACGACAACCCGUCAAAGCGUGGAUCUACAUUUGAAAAAUCCAGAUGGUUCACCCGCGGAUGGACAUUGCAAGAAUUGCUUGCCCCAUCCGAAGUGAUCUUCUUCUCCAAGGAAUGGAUGGAGAUUGGAAGGAAAACCACAAUGCCUAGCCUUUUGGCUCGCAUCACGGGGAUCGAUGAGGAUAUUCUCAUACAUCGAAAGCCAAUCGAGUCGGCCAGCGUUGCCACGCGUAUGUCGUGGGCUGCGAAUCGCCAGACAACCUUCGUGGAGGAUCGUGCAUACAGCCUGAUGGGUAUCUUCGGUGUCAGCAUACCGAAGCUCUACUGGCAAGACGCAAAUGCUUUCAUCCAGCUGCAACAGGAGAUCAUCAGUAGAUGCAAUGACCACUCCAUAUUUGCGUGGACAGACACCAAAGCAUCGCCGUCAAGUCCCCAUGGGCUGCUCGCGACAUCACCAUCCUUUUUUGCGGGUUGUCAUGAUAUCGUUUCUUGCAACGGCCCGGCACCAGCUCUACCUUAUACGGUGGCAAACGGUAUUCUCGACAUCACAUUACCACUUCACGCUAUAGAUAACAGUACCUUUGCGGUGGCCCUCAACUGCCAACUUGAAUCUGAAAGCCAAACUGCUGGUCAUUUGGCACUAUAUUUGAAACGAGUAUCCGAGAAGGAUGAGACGUAUGCCCGGAUCAAAGUGGGGAGCCUGGCAGAAGUGGUUGAGCGAGGUCCAAUGAAAAAGAUUCACGUCCGUGAGAGCCUCACGAUCAAGAAUGACAAAGGGGAAUUUUCCAGUCAAGCAAGCCAGCCCAUCAAGCACAGUCAUUUCCUAUCACGUUCGGCAACCAAGGCCAGCGUAGACAACGGCAAGACGAAGAAGCCGUUCUGGAAGUUGAGGUUUUUCAGAAAAUGGUCAAAUAAAUUUUUGGUAUAUAGCGUGGCGUUCUGUAAAUCGUAUUCUGUAUAGCGUGUUAGUCAAUCAAAAUCAACGAGGGGUCCAGCCAAUUAUCAGCUAUCCAUCAUCUUCAAAUCCAUGCAUUACGGAGACCAGAUGAACAGAACAUGACAUCAAUACAUAAAACCAGG